UCGUCCUAGGACAUAGGGUGCGCUCUAACGUACAGCUUCGUGCACGAUCGAAGGAGCAUUCGAUCAGAUUUUCCCUUAGCAACCGUUGCUACGGCAGUACGUUCCGGGUUGUGUCGCGCGUGUCCUUAAAGAAGUGCUUGCUCGCAGGAUUCCGGCACUCUCCCUUCCCAAACGGUCUUUUCCCCCCGGUGAACGUGAAUUGCGAGAGAAAGUCGUCGCGGUUGCUGCUGGAACUGCGUCAAAGUCACACUGACAUAUCCGCACGCGCGCGGCCAAGCAUCAUGGGGCUGCUGUUUGCGAAAAUUUGGAGCUUAUUCGGCAAUGAAGAACACAAACUCGUCAUGGUCGGGCUGGACAAUGCCGGCAAGACGACCAUCCUGUACCAGUUUCUCAUGAACGAGGUUGUCCACACGAGCCCAACGAUCGGAUCGAACGUGGAGGAGAUUGUGUGGAAAAACAUUCACUUUCUCGUGUGGGAUCUGGGCGGACAGCAAAGCUUACGGGCGGCAUGGAGCACGUACUACACAAACACGGAGUUCAUCAUCAUGGUAAUAGACUCGACGGAUCGCGAACGGUUAGCGGUGACACGUGAGGAAUUGUACAAAAUGUUGCAGCACGAAGACUUAACGAAGGCAAGCUUAUUAGUGUACGCGAACAAGCAGGAUCUAAAAGACUCGAUGAGUGCGGCUGAAAUUUCCAAACAGUUAGACCUCACCUCAAUCAAGAACCACCAGUGGCACAUACAGUCCUGCUGUGCGCUCACAGGAGAAGGGCUGUACCAGGGAUUAGAAUGGAUAGCGCAGAGGAUUAAGAAGAAAUGACACCCACCUGUGUAAGAGAUCCGUUCUGCUACGUAACGUCCGGCCACCUACGCCGGCAUUCCUACUCCUCCGGGUCAUGAGUCCACCGCAGACGUGGAGCAUGACGAAAUGAAAGUGAAAUUGAUAGCAUAGCGCGAGGGAGGAAUGACGAAGCUAGCAGCGACCAACGGUUGUCGUCUUUUCGUCGAUUGGUGGAACCAAGGGCAAAGGGUAUCCCUUGGCCAUGGGUCUCGAUGCUGCAUUUCCGAACAUGAGAGCAGCCAGGAUCCACUAAGAUAACCGAUUAAAACAUAACUCGUUAGGAUAGACGGUAAACAAAUCUAUGUUACACACAUUUCUGCGAGUGUGUGAUCGCGCCCGGUUUCGACUGUUAAGGCAACCAGAUUAAGUCACACUAAACGAACAGGCGAACGCACCUCGAUACAUAGCUAGGAUAAGGACAAAUCUUCCGGGUAAUCGGAUGCUGGUGAGAACAUGCGAGGGCACGUUAGGUCUCCCCCUCAAUUAACUACUCUACUUCAAAUGCCUAGCGUGUGCGUUUGUGCAAACACGCAGGAUGGGGGGGUUAAGAAUUGUAAAAAGGAUAGCCAAAUAUCGACUCGCGAUCGUGGAGGUGAUUAGGAAAAUGUGUACGCAUGCUCCCCUUCCUGGGACGACCGGUACAAAAGGCUUGCGGAUUCCGUAGGCACGUUGCACGCAAAUGUAUACUAUGUUUAUAUGCGAAAAGGAAGACAGAUCCGAGACCGUGAAGACGCAAAUGCUAAUGGAGAAAGCAGAGUGAGUGCAGGUGAAAGUCAUAUGUCAAGUGUUCGCGAGCAAACACGAAACUCAGUAGCCAAAUCGCUACCACGCGCGGUGGUCGCGGGCGGAAUUAUGUUAAUGCAGCCCGAGGGCGGAUGGCGGUGAUAGUUUGCAAUGAAAAUCGAAAAAGACACCCGGCACCGGUGACUGCGGGAUGCGUGACACUUCUAGGGUGUGGUUCCGCGGCUACGUUUAAGAUAUGUAUAGUUUUAUGUUUUUAUGUGUUCUGGUAUUAUUCCCUACCGUCACAAUCGGACGCGACGAUCGUCUCCGAGGUGAUGGUUGGCUUUGUAAAUUGUGAACAUUACGCGGAAGAGCCCCAGCUAGGGCGGUUAGGUAAAAGGAGUAGCAUAGCGCAGGGCGAAUCAAAAGCCGAUCGGAGUGUUAACUGUUGCUCGAGGACGAGAAGUUUAAGCGUAUGUGAGUGUGGCCUCUGAAACACUGCUGCGUGCGAUCGAAUGAAUGAGAAAUACUUACAUUAUUUAGUUAAAUAAAAUGGUAAAAAAUGUAACAAAUAUAUAUCUAUAUACACACA